AUUGCUAGACCGUUCCAGGGUCUGACAGGACGCCCGCUUGUUGAGGUCCCUUCGACUGUGACAGCCAGCGUUCAUCGAUCAUUCGGCAAGCAGCCGAGAGACCGUAUAAAAGCAUUGAGCCUACCAACUUGAACCAUCAGUUUAGAUUGAAUCUUCAGAUCUAGUGCACUUGGAAAAGCAUACAAGAUGGCGUUCAAAUUUGUUGCCCUUUUCGCUGUUCUGGCUGUAGCAAGCGCCGGAGUGAUUCCCGUCGAGCAAAUUCAUACAUCGUAUCAGCCAGCUUCCUAUUCUACUCACUUGGCCCAGCCAGCCGCUAUCGUCAAAAAAAUUGCACAGCCCACGAUCGUGAAAACCAUUGCUCAGCCGACCCUCGUGAAACACAUCGAUGAAGAUCACGAUGCACAGUACGAUUUCUCCUACGGUGUUCACGAUGACCAUACCGGCGACAUUAAAGAGCAGCGUGAAUCUCGCCACGGUGAUCAAGUGCAUGGUCAAUACAGUUUGAUCGACUCGGAUGGACACAAGCGUACCGUCGAGUACACCGCCGAUGACCACAAUGGUUUCAACGCGGUCGUCCAUCGCGAACCAACCGAUAUCAAGAUCCCGCAGCCAAUUGUUCAGAAAGUCAUCGCCCAACCAGCCAUUGCCAAAGUUAUCGCUCAGCCAGCUAAAAUUAUUGCUGCACAACCAACGUACUACAGCCAACCAGCUCCAGCUGUUGUCAAAACCGUCGGUCUCUCUCAUUACUAAUGCGAAAGGUGCAUAGAUGUUACAGGACGCUGAUUCAAACUACCAGUUUCAAAGUGCACUUUUGCUCUUUCUCUAUCUCAUUUUCAUCCUUGUUACACGACAUUUAUCUUUAACGCUCAUAGGUUAAACAGUACAAAUACAAGUGACAUUUUUUAAGACAAAAUGUGAGGUGAUUUCAAUUAUUACGCAAUUUUGGUAAACAUAACCGUAUUAUCAGCGCAAAUAUUCCCUAUAAUCAUAUCAGUCUAGCUAAUUAGAAGGAAAGAAAAAUGUGAAGUUAACGCUUUCUGAACUAAAAAUUUACUUAUUCGGAAAACUACUCUAAUAUGAUCGUGUAGAUAAAAAAACUCACUAUCAUUACACUUUUAUCUGCGCCUCUAAUGCGGAAAUACAGAUAAAAUUUGAAUCGAUACUUGAUUCACUCGGUGUAAUGUGUCAAAUUGUCAUUGGACAUUUGCAAUGUUGCUAUGCAGGUUUGCAAGCAUAUAUUGGAAUCAGUCAAACGCUCAAGAGAAUGGCUCAGAGCAGCAGUGGAUUUUUGCAACCAGCUAUUUAACGCUCGCUUGUAGCGCUGUAAACAUUAAAAUUAUAAUUUAAAAAAAAACAUACAAUGUUUUAC